AACCGUGGAAUUUAAUAUUCUUCCAAAACAGAGAGAAAGCAAAAAAAGAAAAAAAAAGUUGAGCGCUCUGAUGCAUAACGAACGAUGCCAUUUUCCGCCUCAAUCUCAUCGCCUUCUUCCCUGCUCUCAACCCGAACUCGAUCGCCUCUUUCCUUCUUCAUCUUCACUCCCAAAACCCUAAUCUUUACAAGAACCAGGAUCGCUGAUUUUCCCUCUUCCCUUUUUGCUUCCCGGCGACCCCGCGAUUUCAUCAACGGGAGGGAUGAUUUCGUCGACGAUACGCGGAGCUGGAACCGGAAGAUCAGACCGGAGUAUGGGUUCGAUGAGGAUUACGAAGAAGACGAAGACGAUCAGGAGGAGGAAGAAGAUAGAAGCUUGGAUCUUUUACUUAGAUUUGUCGAGAAUGUUUUCAGAAAGAUCUCCAAGAGAGCAAGGAAAGCCGUCCGAUCAAUUUUGCCUGUUUCCAUCUCCACUAAGCUCGUGGGUUUCUCAGUGAAUGGCGUACUUAUACUUGCAUUUCUGUGGAUCUUGAAGGCCUUUCUCGAGGUAGCUUGCACACUUGGAACCAUUGUAUUUACGAGCAUUCUACUUAUACGGGGACUUUGGGCUGGUGUAGCAUACGUACAAGAAAGCCGCAACAACAGGAACAAUGAACUCGUUGAUGACCCGCGUGCAUGGAAUGGGGUGCAACCAGUUUCUUGAUUAAUUCGUUUUACACUUCAGGAAACUGCAAUUCUGACUUCUGUGAGCCAGAAUUGGUUUAGGUUCUUCGAAGGCAAUAAAAUUACAGUGUGUUCAGAAUCAGGAAAGAGUUACAGUGGAUGAUGUUCUUUGGAAAUGUAUGAUGAUUUAAUGAGUUAAAAAAUAAAAUAUUAUAUGUAGCAUUCACUGAGUCAGCUAUGGGAGCUGGUGUGUAGCUCAACCGGUAAUAAAGUGAAUAAUUGCCAAUGAUAGGUUUCGGUGACCCUAUUUCUGAGGGUUUCUAAAUGAAUAAACAAUAUUUACCUUUGUA